AUGGCUGCGCCACAAGAAACACAUGCACUAGACGAAUCCUCAUGGUGGGACACUUACAAUUAUCAUUCAAUUGAAGAGGUUUCAAAUUCUGAAAGGGUUGAAACCUUUGCCAAAGAUGGACUUUUAGAUGUAUGCGACUGGGUCGUGACGGAAAAGAUUCAUGGUAGUAACCUUUCUUUUAUCACAAAUGGUGUACAAGUCAAAUGCGCAAAAAGGUCACGACCUUUAUCGGAUUCCGAAGAAUUCUUUGGAUUUCAAACGGUAAAAGAAAAGUACCUUUCAAAUAUUCUCAAAUUAUGGCGAAUAAUGUCCUCCAGAAACUUGAUUCACUCAACUUUAAACUCCUCUGAAAAAAUCGUCACAAUAUAUGGGGAAUUAUUCGGAGGGAGGUAUACUCAUCCAGAUGUGAAGCCAGUUAAUUCUGCCGUGAUGUGUCAAUUCGGGAUCGAGUAUUGUCCGCAAAAUGAAUUCAUGGCCUUUGACAUAUUUGAUGGAAAUGAUUAUUUAGAUCAUGAUCCUAUGACGGAAUUAUUUGAAGAAUCCGGUAUUCCCUUUCUUAAACCAUUGUUUAGAGGUUCAUUUGAAGAUGCUUACCAUUUCGACCCUAAAUUUACUACCACAAUUCCGAGUAUAUUCGGAAUGCCACCAUUGCCAUUUCCAAAUAAAGCUGAAGGUGUGAUAAUUAAACCGGUGAAAACGCUUCAUGUGACCUCGAGUGCAGCGCGGACACGUGUGAUUUUAAAGAUCAAAUCUCCGAAUUUCGUAGAACGGGUUCGAUCCAAAAAGCGGGAGUUCAAGGAAACAUCACGUAGCGAACGAAAGAAACCACGUGAACCAAUGGACAAUCUAUUUGCCGAACUUGCGACAUUUAUUAACGAGAAUAGGGUCGCCUCUGUUGUUUCGAAAUUCGGUCCCAUCGUAACUAAAGGGGAGGAUGAAAGUGAGCUGAAUGAGAGAAUUAAUAAAGUAGCCGAAUUACUAUACAAGGAUGCAUUAACGGACUUUAAUAAGGAUGAUGAAUUACGGGAGAAAACAGAGAAAUUGCCAAAGUGGCAACAAGAAGUUAUUCGGAAAAGAGGAAAUGCCGAGUCCGUGAAGGUCGUAAAAGAAUAUGCAAGGAAAAUCAAAAGCGUACAUAAAGAAAACUGUAAGAAGAGGGAUAGCAGUGAUGAAUAA